GCUGAUUCUGCACACCACCAAGCAGAGCAAGAGAGCUCAUCCAUCCACCACCGAUGGCGAUCGCAAGCCGUAAGCCAGCCUCCGUCCUGCUCCUCCUCGGGGCCCUCCUCUUUGCCGCCACCUUCCUCGCCGUCCCGGCCGCGGCGACGGGGAAGACCGGCCAGGUGGCCGUCUUCUGGGGCCGGAACAAGGACGAGGGGUCCCUGCGUGAGGCCUGCGACACCGGCACGUACACCAUCGCCGUCAUCUCCUUCCUCGACGUCUUCGGCCACGGCAACUACCACCUCGACCUCUCCGGCCACGACGUCUCCACCGUCGGCGCCGACAUCAAGUACUGCCAGUCCAAGGCCAUCCUCGUCUUCCUCUCCAUCGGCGGCUUCGGCAACCAGUACUCCCUGCCCAGCCCCCAGGCGGCGGCGGACUUCGCCAACUACCUCUGGAACGCCUACAUGCUCGGCACCGCCAAGGGCGUCCACCGCCCCUUCGGCGACGCCUUCGUGGACGGCAUCGAUUUCUUCAUCCAGAACGGCGCGCCGGACAACUACGACGAGCUGGCCAAGCGGCUCAUCGAGUUCAACAAGGCCUACCGCGCGAGGACACCCGUGCAGCUGACGGCGACGCCGCGGUGCGGGUUCCCGGACCGGAGCGUGGAGCGCGCGCUCGCCACGGGGCUCUUCACACGCAUCUUCGUCAGGUUCUACGACGACGCCCACUGCGCCGCAUACUGGCAGCAGGAGUGGAACAAGUGGACGGCGGCGUACCCGUCCGCGCAGAUCUUCGUCGGGCUGCCGGCGGGGGAGAAGAAGGUUGGGUACGUGCACCCCAAGAAUCUCCAGGGCGGUCUUUUCUCGGUGGUGCAGAACGCGGCCAACUACGGCGGCGUCAUGAUCUGGGAAAGGUACGACGACAAGCGGACCGGCUACAGCAGCUUCGCCAGCAAAUGGGCUUGAGCCUCCUUGAGCUUGAGCUACAUGUGUCCAUACACACUUCGCUGUCACCGUACUGUGUGUAAACUAUAAGUGUGCUGGCAUGAGAUUGCGAGAAUAAACCGAGGCAUGUGCGAGAAUAAACAAGUAAUAACAGUUAUCUA